UAGAGACUGCCGAAGAAGCAAUUAUGGAUAAAAAUACAUUGUAUCAUAUUACUGCUGCACAUUUGGGAUAUAUUACUAUGUCUCUACCUGCCUUAGCAACGACUUUUGCGGUUGCAUAUUCAGUUCUAUAUGACUUCCACGGAUCAACAGCAACUCACUGUCGAGUUCGGAAUAUUCUACCAAGUAUAAGUGCAGCUAUUGCGAGAUCUCCGCAGCAGUAUAUAUGGAGAAUAUUUAUAUCACUGCAUGCUGCACCAAGAUUCAUGUAUGCUCUGGCUUACUAUGGAUGGCAUAAACAAGUUCAUGUUGGGGCCAGGCAGACAACCUACAUUUUUCUAGCGAAAGUUGCAGUGUUUUUACAUAUCAUGGAAAAUAUGAUGUUAGUUCUUCUCACAUGUAUCUCUUCAAAUGACAACAGAGAUAUACAUGAGAACAGUUUUAUUGCAUUUAUAAUUACGUCAUGGAUGUACAUGCUGCUGACCAUUGGUCUAUGCAAGUGGGCAAGAAAAUACACAGACAAAACACACAAAACCGACUGUGGUUCAUACAGGUACAAGAAAUUGUUUGCCUUUGGCAAUAUCUCAUCAUUUACUCUGGCUAUCUAUCUGUACUUCAGACACAACUGGUUCUGUGAACCCUACAUUUACAGUUUGUUUGCGUUGUGUGAGUAUGUGACGAUCUUUACAAACAUCCUGUUUCACGGUACUGCAGUGUUAGACAUGCGGGAGUAUUCUGCAGGCAUUGUGCUCACAGACCUCUUGAACAAACACAGAUAAUGCAGCUAUGAUACAGUUAAGGCGGCAGGGAGAUGUUAUGUAAACUCCGCCCACUUGAAAAUCUCUGGCUCAAAAACGUGUAUUGACUUAAGACAAAGCUGAGCAUAUAUACAAACAGGAACAUAAAAAUAUAUGCAUCCCAAUUUGAUAUGUAUAAGAAAUCUGUAAAUCUAAUAGAACUCUUUAAGCUUUGUUCAACGUAAAUAUUGUGAUAUAAAGUUGUUAUACAUGAUAAUGUUUAAGUGUGUAGAAUUUGGUUAAAACUGUAAAAAAAGAGACUUAAAUACCGAUAUUUCAUCAAGGUUAUGACAUAGGCAGCAGGAAAAAAUGUGUGAUACAGUGAAACACUGCUAGCUUGAGUAUCUCUGGCUGAAGCACCUGUGCAUUUAAUGUUUUUCACAUUUGGAUUGCUUAACUCUGUAUAAUUCAAGCAUUUUACACAUGCCCUUUCUGCUUCAAGGAUCAGAGUUUUUACUGUAGACAUUUCUGUGAUUUUAAAAGAUUGUUCAAAUUUGAGUUGCAGAGUAAUCUCUUUAUGGGUAUUAUCUUAUUAAGUAUUAAAAGGCAAUAAUGAUUUUUAUGCCCCCCGGCAUCUACUGAUGCUGGAGGCAUAUAGCGAUUGUCCUGUCCGUUCGUUCGUUCGUUCGUACGAGCUCACAUUUGCAUACUUAGGUGGCUAUAGGAACAAUAGGUAACUGUACUUUUUCUUUGAUGUCAUUCAUUCCGUAAGGCUUUUAUGUGGCUAUUUUUCUCUUACGUGGCUAAAAGAACAAUAGAGAGAACAAAAGAGUAGCCACAUACGGUAAGUAUCCAUAUGUAGGAACGUGCGUCUGUACGAGGUUAACCAAAUGGGACCGUUUCGUCUAGCAUCAAUACCCCUUACUAGAAUGACAUGAUACUAAUGCAGAUGUAACCUGUGACAAUUCCUCAUCUUCAGACAUCACCUGACCUCAGUUUGACCUUGAACUUGACCUCGUUUUGGACUUGGGUUGCUUUGUAUCGACAAGGAUGCCACCGGGGGCAUCAAGCGUUUAUUGAACGCAGCUCCUUGUUAGUCCCCUACUGGUUGAAAACCAGUUUUGGGGACUAUAGGAAUGCACUUUUCCGUCAUUCCGUCCGUCCGUCCGUCCGUCGGUCCGUCCGUCCGCAAUUUCGUGUCCGGUCCAUAACUGUCAUCCAUGAAGGGAUUUUAAUAUUACUUGGCACAAAGGUUCCCCAUGAUGAGACGACAUGUCAUGCGCAAAACCCGGACCCUUAGCUCAAAGGUCAAGGUCACAAUUGGAGGUCAAAGGUCAACGGGGCUUUUUUCCUGUCCGGUCCACAACUCUCCCAUCCUUGAAGGGAUUUUAGAAUUACUUGGCACAAAUGUUCCCCAUGAUGAGAUGAUGUGUCAUGCGCAAAUCCCGGACCCCUAGCUCAAAGGUCAAGGUCACAAUUGGAGGUCAAAGGUCAACAGGGCUUUUUUCCUGUCCGGUCCAUAACUCUCCCAUCCAUGAAGAGAUUUUAAUAUUACUUGGCACAAAUGUUCCCCAUGAGGAGACGACAUGUCAUGCGCAAAACCUGGACCCCUAGCUUAAAGGUCAAGGUCACAAUUGGAGGUCAAAGGUCAACAAGGCAUUUUUCCUGUCCGGUCCAUAACUCUCCCAUCUAUGAAGGGAUUUUAAUAUUACUUGGCACAAAUGUACCUCAUAAUAAGACGAUGUGUCAUGCACAACUUUCAGACCCCUAGCUCAAAGGUCGGGGUCACACUUAGCAGUCAAAUGUUAACAUAGCAUGAACAGGGUCUGUUUCGUGUCCGGUCCAUAACUCUGACAUUCAUUAAGGGAUUUUAAUAUCACUUAGCACAAGUGUUCCCCAUGAUGAGACGACGUGUCUUGCGCAAAUCCCGGACCCCUAGCUCAAAGGUCAAGGUCACAAUUGGGGGUCAAAGGUCAACAGAGUUUUUUUCCUGUCCCGUCCAUAACUCUGCCAUCCAUGAAGGGAUUUUAAUAUUACUUGGCACAAAUGUUUCCCAUGAUGAGACGACAUGUCAUGCGCAACACCCAGUACCCUAGCUUAAAGGUCAAGGUCACACUUUGAGAUCAAAGGUCAAGAGGAUUUUUUUCCUGUCCGGUCUAUAACUUUGUCAUGCAAAGCAGGAUUUAGAUAUCAGUUGGCACAAAUAUUCCCCUGGAUGAGACAACAUGUCAUGCGCAAGAACCAGGUCCCUAGGUCUAAGGUCAAGGUCAUAUUUAGAGGUCAAAGGUCAAAUUCAAGAAUGACUUUGUACAGAACAUUUCUUCUUCAUGCAUGGAGGGAUUUUGAUGUAACUUGGACCAAAUGUUCACCACCAUAAGGCACCCUUGUUUUUAGAAUUACGUCCCUUUGUUGUUACUAUAAAAAGAUUUUAUUGUAACUUUUUUAUUACUGGCGGUAGAGAAAAAUCGAGACCACUUUUCUGUGGUACAGCAUGCAUGUUACAUCCAAUUUUUAGGUGUAUUUUGACCUAUCUCUACCUGGUAAAGAGUUUCUUGUGGACUUAUAUUAUAUAUAUUUUUUUUUUUUUUUUUUUUUUUUUUAAAGAUUAAUUUCUCUUUGUUGUUACUAUAAAUAACUUACAUGAUAACAUUUUUAUAAUCAGCCAAAAAAAUUCAAUAUGAAAACAACUGGGGGGUUUUAUAUAUGCAUAUUUUAAUCCAAGUGUGUUGUUAUAACAUAUUGUAUAUGUAGUACAAUAUUGUUUAUACAUCAUUGACAGAUAUCAGUUCAUUAUGUUAUACUGCAGUAGAGAAAAUUAGGUGCCUUCCAGUAGGGGACUUUGUAUUGCAUGGCAAUACUUCAUUCACUUGUUUUAACUAUUUUAGAUACAUAUAUAUUGACAGGAUAAUUUUCAUAUCUGCUAGCUAUUAGAGUUUAUUGUCAACUUUCGGCAGCACUCAAGAUUUUCUUUUGUUAUAAUAGUCAGAUAUGUAUAUUUUGUUUUUUUCCAUCUAGUUAAAAAUCCAGCUUUUUAUGCAUAACAUGUUUUGAAUAAGUGAAUAGGUUAAGUUAUGAAAAGAUUCAGUACUGUUAUUUUUUGUUGAUGUUCAAGCUGAAUUUAUACAUACAUAUGUCAGUGUCUUUUACCAACAAUACUUAAGCUAAAGGCAUCUUGAUUUUCUUUGUAGCAUAAAUUUUGUCUAUGUUUAUAUUUUUCUUCUCUUUCAAAAUAGUCUUCCUGCAAAAAAAUGUUAACUUCCAUAUUAGAUCAUUUUAAAACAAAUGAUUUAAUGAGAUAUUUUUUUCUAAAAUCUUAGCAAGACCUAUGAUAUUUACAACAGUGCAAUGUAUAAUUCUGUAGGCUGAAAGAAAUAAUUGAGCCGCGCCAUGAGAAAACCAACAUAGUGCGUUUGCGACAAGCAUGGAUCCAGACCAGCCUGCGCAUCUGCGCAGUCUGGUCAGGAUCCAUGCUGUUCGCUAAUGGUUUCUUUCAUUGCAAUAGGCUUUGAAAGCGAACAGCAUGGAUCCUGACCAGACUGCACCGAUGCGCAAGUAUUAUUUCAACUCUGUUAUUCUUAGUAAAACUGCUUUUAUUUUGCUUCAUUAAAAUGUUUACAUUCUUUUAGCUACAAUUUUUUAUCCUUUAAUAAGAAAUGCCGCUAAUAUAUCUCAUAUUUCUUUAUGUAGUUACAUUGACAUUACACUUUUUAUGUAAAUUUAUUCACAAUUAAAAUAUAUGAUUUAGUAAUCGCAAAUUUGGAUUGAAAGCUUGCCAUAGAAAAAAUAAAAGACAACUUGAAAAGCCACUCUCAAAGAACACAGCGACCCUUAUAGCUGUCCAUGUAGAAAUGCUAACUUGUAUACAGACUUUGUACAAAUACACAUAUAAAAGAUAAACACAAUCAUGAAAAAAGACAGAUAUGCUGUGAAACACAAGAAGAUAAAAUAUAAAGUUUAGUGUUUGCUUCACAGAGUUUUCAUUUCUGUAAAAUGUAAAAUACUAUAUUUUUGUGCCAUUGCUUGUAAAUUGCUCAAAGUAUAACCUAUACAAACCAGUUGAUGACUUUUGCUGUAAGAUCCUGUCAAAGUUAUGCCUUGAGAGUAUACUUUUAUUUUAAAGCAAUUCUGAUAGUUUCCAUUGUAUAUUGUUUGCACACAGUAUAUGUUCCAGUACUUUAGAUGCCUUGAAAUUUAGUUUCACAUGGUUUUACUAAUGAGCAGUUUAAUGGCAUUUGUUUGCCAGCUGUAAGAAACCAUUUGUUUGUGUAUAUUUUUGUUUGGUAUUUUGAGCUUGCAUUACUCUUGAUUUAUCUUUUUAGCUCACCAGAGCACAAAGUGCUCGGGAUGAGCUAUUGUGAUCGCUUAGCAUCAGUCGGACCCUCCACUCUUUCCUAUAAACAUCAUCUCUAAAACCAAUUGAUGAAACUUGGCCAGGAUGUUCUUUGGAUGGUCCUCUUCCAAAGUUGUUCAACGGUUCCCUUUGGUUUCACAUAGGGGCUGCCAGAGCUAAAAAUCUUCAAAGGACAUCUCCUCCUAAACCGCUGGUACGAUUUUGAAAUAAUUUCACACAAAUGGUUCUGAUGUAACCCUCUAUCAAGAAUGUUCAAAUUAUCCGAUUUCUAAGAAAACAUGGCUACCAUAUUUGUAUUGUGGAAACUUUAAAGAUCUUGAGAAACCGAUUUUAAAAUAAUUUCACGCAAACUGAUCAUGUGUGACCCUCUGCCAA